AAAUUAUAAGGAUCUGGGAACCAGGGACCGGAAUAAACCGCUACAAAGUUACGACCUUACAACUACUACUACUAAGUUGAAACGUGCGGUGUGUCUACGAGUACCCUACCACGACGAUUGCUAGUUGGAUUUAGGAUUUGUCGUCUUCAUGGUUCAAAAAUGUCAAUCAAGAAAAUUAAGGUGAUUUCACGGAACCCCGAUAACUACCUUCGGGAAACUAAACAUGAUAUACAUAAAGUUCCAAGGAAUUAUGAUCCUGAUCUGCAUCCCCUUGAAGCAGUAAGAGAAUAUAAACUUGCCCUAAAUGCUGUAAAACUGGAGAGGGUUUUUGCAAAACCUUUUGUAGGAAGCCUCACACAUUCAGAAGGCGUAACUGCAAUGUCUCGACACCCUAACAGUCUCUCAAAUGUUUUUACUGGCACAGUAGAUGGUCAGCUUCAUUUGUGGAAUCUUCCUCACAAAAAGUGUGAGUGGACAGUUCAGGCUCAUAGUGGACAGGUUUGGUCGAUAUUGUCAGCCCCAGAUGGACAGUCAUUUUUCUCAGUUGGCAAUGAUAAAACUAUAAAACGCUGGUCAUUAGAUUCUGCUUUUGAUGGCAAAGAUCUUCCUGUGGAUACCUGGAUGUGUGAAACAAUGGUAACAGGCAUCACACAUCACAGGCACAGAAAUGAAUUUAUUACCUGUGGAGAACGCAUUCUUUUAUGGGAUGCUAGCACCAAAGCACCUAAAUUUUCUUAUGACUGGAGCACCACUGGAGACAAGAAUGAAGCCAGUGUUGUUGCUGUAAAAUUUAAUCCUGUUGAAACUGAUGUCUUUGCGUCAAGUGAUCAUGCCAACAACCUUGUCUUAUAUGAUGUAAGGGCAAAAGAAGUUAAGAAACUGAAGAUGACAUUACGUAUAAAUGCGUUAGCCUGGAACCCCAUGGAAGCAUUCAUCCUCACAGCUGCUAGUGAAGAUUACAAUUGCUACAGCUUCGACAUAAGAAAUAUGGACAAACCUAAUAGAAUAGUUAGUGUUCAUGAAGGACACACUUCAGCUGUUAUAGACUUGGAUUAUUCACCCACUGGUCGAGAAUUCUGCAGUGGAAGCUAUGAUAAAUCUGUCAGAAUUUUCAGAGUUGAUGAGACUAAGUGCCGUGAUGUCUACCACACAAAAAGGAUGUUUAAAGUUAAUUGUGUGCUCUGGUGUGCUGAUAGUAAAUAUAUUCUGACUGGAUCAUCAGACCACAAUCUCCGAAUUUGGAAAGCUAAGGCUCAUGAAAAGAUGGGUGCUAAGCGUUUUAGGGAGGCAGCAGCAAUCAACUAUGCUGAGGAAUUAAAGAGAAAGUAUGGUCACUUCCCAGAAAUGCGAAGAAUACUUCGUCACAGGCAUCUUCCCAAACACAUCUACCAUGCCAAAAAGGAGCAUGCCAUUAUUAAAGAAAGCCAAGCUCGCAAGGAAGACAACAGACGUCGUCAUUCCAAACCUGGGAGAGUUCCUCAUGUACCGGCUACUCAGAAAGUUGUUGUAGGGCUCCAGGAUGAGGAGCCAGAGGCUGGACCAUCAAUGGAAUAAAUGUUAAAAGCUUAUAUUAAAAAAACAAACAGGAACAUACAUUUUCCAGUUUCUAUUUAAUUUGGUAUAUUUGUACCUUAUCUACUUCAAUAUAUUUUAUUUUUGAAAAAU